AACACUUUUCUCACACCUUUUUAAUUCUCCAUCCCUCUCUAGAUCCGAAAAUCGGCGGCGUCUCCUGUUCUAGUUGUUCUUCACUACCAUAUUUCUCUACCUUCUCUUCCAAAGCAUGGUUGCCUGGUUGAGCGGCUUUGGUGCCUCCGCCACGCGCUGCCUUCGGCUUUGCAACGGUGCUCGAUCUACCAAUUGCUGUUCCGGGCCGGGUAUCGGAUCCCGAGCUACUUUCUUCCCCAGAGGGGCAGAAGCUAAUUGCUGUUCCGGGCCGGGUAUCGGACUCCGAGCUAAAAUUCUUCCAAAGAUUCUAUAUUUUUGUCUUUUUAUAAAUUUUCUCUGGAUUUUGUUUUGUUAAACUGUCAAUUAUUUGGAAAGUUGUUUAUUUUGGUUAGAGAGGCGGAAGCUGGCAAGAUUUAUUCCAGGGAAAAUAUGAGAAUCCCGGGUGCCCCGCCUACGGGGAAGAAGCUAUUCAAACCCUACGCAAAUCUUUUGUGUGAACGCUCAGGUUACUAUGGGCUACCUGAUCCCAACAUAUAUGAGAGAAAAUGCACAGCAUUGUCAUCAUGCUUACAACAUUGGAAGGCAGACCUCUGCCCUAAGCCGAAGCCGAAGCCUGACAUUUUUGUCUAUUCCCUUGAUGAUAAUCUUCGUAAAUGUUUUGUUGCAUAUUCCCUUGAAGAGGAUGGCAUCAUCUCACCCAAGUAUUACAUAUAUCCUCCCAGUUUUCUAGCUAAAGGUUAUUCCUUCACUGGGUGUAGCUGUGAUGGUCUCCUUCAUUUUCAUGAUAACAGGUUGGGUCAUGUUCUAUGGAACCCAACAACGACUGAGUAUAAGAUCCUUCCUAAGCCCUUUCUGGAACUCCCUCCUGGCCUUGAAUAUGCGCGUGUAUCAUUUGGAUUGUGGUCUGAUCCUAGAUUUGAAGAUUACAAAAUGCUGUAUACUGUUAAAGGAAGUUUGAAAGAUGAAAAACGGCAUUUUCUUGGGAGUAGUUAUCACAUUGACUUGUAUUCACUCAAAACUAAUUCCUGGAAGAGAAUACCAUGCACUGAGUUUGGUUCUUUUAGUGGGUUUGCUUGUGCUGAAGUCAUGUCUUCUGAUAGUCAAAACAUAUCUGGCCAAUCCUAUGGAUCAGGCUCUCAGCCCUCUUCUUCUUCCCACUCUGAAUCUUCUUCUCCCCCUGCCACUCCUUUGAUUCGCCGCCCCCCUCACCAGUCCAGCUCUCAGGCCGGGGAAAUAGUUGCCCAGGAGCCUGUCCCCUUGACCCAACUGCCUGGUCGAUUCAACCCCAAGGUCCUCAGUUGGGAUCAAUGGGAAAAACGAUUGGGGUCGCUGGGUUACCUAGCCCUUGACUCAGGACCGGUCUUCAAAGAGUCUUUUAGGGUUACAAAGAAGGUCUUGGCGGAGGUACGCUCUGUCCUUCCACCGGGCUAUAAAGUCCUUUCUAAAACCACCUGGCCCAAUAUUAUUGAACCCCACAUAGGAACCCAGUUGGGUUUCCACGUUGCUUCUCUGGAGGGCGGCAUUAUUUUUCCUCUCCGUCCCCUCCUUGUCGAAAUCUGUAACAAGUUCCAUAUUUUGCCCGGUCAAUUAACUCCCAAUGCUCACCGGUUCUUAAAUUGUUUUGUUAAUAUUUGUGAAUCUCUGAAUAUCAAUCCCUCCCUUGAACUCUUCCUUUAUAUGUAUGACGUCUUGCCCGGGACUAGCAACUGCCUGGGCUUUAUUUAUCUCCAUUCUCGAGCCUCCUCUAGAGGGUUUAUAACCGGGCUUCCCCCCAGCCAUAAGAAAUGGAAAAAGGGAUUUGUCUUCAUUGAAUUUCCCCCUGACCAAUUUCCUUUCACUAACCCUGAGUGGGCUGACCGGGUUAUGAAUCUUGAAAGGAUUCACCUGGAGCCCACUAAAGAGCUUGAGGACGCCUGUGAGAAACUUCUCAAGGGUAAUCCUGUGACCGGGAAACCAUAUGCCUACGGGGGAUGGGUGUACCGGUUAAAAAAUCUAGAUGGGGGUGUAUCUGCGACCCAUGACGCAAAAGAUGACCGGGCUAACUCCCUGGAAGAUCAUGCUGAGGCCAGUUCUCCUCAUCCUGCAAUGAAAGGUAGGUUAGUACUACAACAAAAGACUUACUUGUGGCAACAACUCAACAAUCCCGACGGCGGACCGUUCCCGACCGACGGCGGAUCAUUCCGGAAAAGAUCCACCGUCGACGCCGAGGUUGAGGUUGACGAGACUAUCGGUUCUACCGAUCAAAUGCCUCCCUUCAACGUUGCGGGUUCCGAUGACGAAGACCCCAUUCCACGGCCGAUCGGAAGAAAGAAGGCAAAAUCCAUUGCCUCUGGUUCGGGAGGGUCCGCCUCUUUUUCCGCUUCUCCAGCGACGAAAUCGGCCUAGCAAUGGUUGAACAACUUCGGGCGUUCAAUCUCCAAGAAAAGGAGAGGUUGAAGCUAAAGGAGAAGGAGUUGAAGAUAAAGGAGCAAGAGACCGAGAUGCAAGUCAUGCAAACCGACCCCGAGACGUUGUCGGAGUUUGGACGAAUGAUCUACGAGCAAAGAAAGAGAGAGAUCAAGG